GAACCAAUGCCAGACAGAUAUAACAAACCUCAACCUUGACCUAACAUGGAGAAGGAGGCAGCCUCAAUAUUUAAAUAUGCUUCAUUCUAAUUAUGUUCUUUAACAAGAGUGGACCCGCAAAUUUAGGGACAGAAAAACAAAAGCAGGAGUGAACAUUGCAGAUUUGUGGAAGUGGAAAUUGUUUGUAAUUUCCCAGACAAAUCCCGUGGUGUUCAUAUAUUUAGUGUCAAGCAACAAUGCUCUGCUCCAUGUGUCUCAUUCUCUUUCUGAGCAAUACCAUUUCAGGUUCAUCCGAAUCAGUCAUACUGACGUAUGGUAAUAACUCUUGUUCUGGAAGAUUGGAGGUUUUCUAUAACAAUCAGUGGGGAACAGUGUGUGAUAAUGGCUGGAAUCUGUCAGAUGCAAAGGUGGUUUGUAGAGAGAUGGGCUGCGGGGAUGCUUUUGAGGCAAAGAGUGGUGCUUUUUUUGGACAAGGUGGGGCAAACAUAUUUUUGAGCGAAAUUAACUGUGUUGGAACUGAGUCUACGUUGAGCAGUUGCAGCUCUAAGAAACCGGGACAGUUUAACUGUGACCAUUCAAAGGAUGCUGGAGUCAUCUGUCGCUCCCUUGUCAGAUUGGUGAAUGGCAGUCACUUCUGUUCUGGACGAGUAGAGGUUCUCAAUGAUGAUCAGUGGGGAACAGUGUGCGAUAGCGGCUGGGAUUAUUCAGAUGCUGCAGUGAUAUGUAAAGAAAUGGGCUGUGGGAAUGUUUUUGACCUAAGGAUCAGUGGGUUUUUUGGGCAGGGAUCAGGACCGGUAUGGCUAAGUGAUGUACAAUGUUCUAACACCGAAUCAACUCUGAGACAAUGUAAUUUACAGGGAUGGGCAAAAAACUCAUGCGGACAUGAGAAGGAUGUUGCAGUCGCCUGUCAACGCAGAAUUAUGUUAGAAAAUGGCUUCAGUGCUUGUUCUGGAAGAGUGGAAAUUUUCUAUAAUCGCAGUGGAUACAAUGAGUGGGGAACAGUAUGUGAUAAUAAUUGGGAUCUAACAGACGCUGCAGUGGUGUGUAGGGAGAUGGGAUGUGGAAAUGCUAUAGCAGCAAAGAGCGCUGCUUUUUUCGGAGCCGGUGGGGGUAUAAUAUGGUUGGAUAAUGUCAACUGCAUUGGAAAUGAGCUCACCCUCGCAGCCUGUCAGUCCAACAGAUUAGAAUCUAACAAUGUCCAUUACAAGGAUGUUGGAGUAAUCUGUCAAUGUAAGUUGGUCUAUAUAAGAAUACUAAAAGAAUAUUGUAAAUGAAUAUUAGUUAACCCAAAAAUUAAAAACUUUGUUAUCAUUUAACUCUAGGCUA